AUGGCCGAAGCGGGAGAUGAGGGUAAUCCGGUGUCAGAACCCCUCGACCUUGUGAGGUUGCUGCUCGAUGAGGUUGUCUGCGUAAAGCUCAGAGGCGAUCGCGAGCUGAAAGGCCGCCUUCAUGCUUACGACAGCCAUUGCAAUCUGGUCCUGGGCGAGGUUGAAGAGACCAUCUAUGUCGUCGAUGAAGAGGAUGACGAUGACGAAAUCAAGACCGUCAGCAGGAAAUCCGAAAUGCUGUUUGUGAGGGGCGAUAGCGUCGUGCUCAUCUCGCCACAGUCACGAGCCUAUUGA